AUGGCACCGGUUAUUACGUGGGUCGCUGCUAUUCUUGCUGCCGUGGCCGCCACAAACGCAGUUCCCGAUGGUGCGAGGACCACGCCUGCCCAGACGCUGCACCAACUCGCUUUCAUCGGAGCUGACGUUGCCGAAAAUGCUUCGAGUGUCCUGAAAGGUGCGAUAGCUGUCUUGAUGAACCAGGCACGAAAGAAGAAAGCGAUCAUUAUUUUAAGCGCCAUCAUGGCUGCCAUAGCUAUUGGCACGACGGGCAACGGGGAUAACCCGCUGGGCGCAGUCAACAUACCCGCGACUGGUGUUGGCUCACCCUCAACUGAUGGGCCCAAUAAAAAUACUUGUCCUCCUGGGACGGAGAAGAAGAACAAAGACUCUCCACUCUGCGAUAACGCAGAUUGCAAAGGGCCUCAUGACACCCGUAUAUGCACAGUGGAGCCCUACAAAGAUUGUCCCUGUUUACUUGUCGGGCAGAAGAUUCUUGCAUCUAUUGAUGCGAACCACGGCCUGCUCGGUGCUGCCGUACCGUCUUGCUCCAUCCAAAGCCAUAGAAAUGACUUCGAUGGCAAGCCACAGGCUACACCAGCCUCGUGGUGCGUGUGCGACAGCGACGGUACGCAACGGCUCUACACCACCAUUGGCACACCAUCUUCGCCAUGCGCAUACACCACCUUACCAACCACCACCAUAUCGCCAUCGGUGACCGCUUCAAAGGGAGGCGCCAUUACGUCUUGUCGCAUUGAGAGCCUCACCGAUACCCAUACAACCGUUGGACCUUAUAGUUACAAGUUGGGCGGACGGCGCGUCCACCGUGACUGGUUGCCCUCAAACGAGGAUUUCUCAUACCACCAAAAAACCGACGGAGCCAUCGCCAACAGUCAACACAUCAACCGCUACGUCCACCGCUACCAGCCCAAAGGUAGUGAAUACACCGCCGCUGCAGACAAUAUGUAA